UCCUUAAAAAAAACACACCCGUACACUCCUUUUUCGUAAUUUAAUUGCUGCUGCUUUCUUUCUUCUUCGCCACACCGACUCACAACGCCGGAGAGAGAGAGAGUGUGUGUGUGUUUUGGAGAGAUGGGGCUUGAAAUUGUGGAACCAAACGCGUGCAUUAGAGGUUGCUGCAGCAGCAAUUCCAUUCCUCUCCAUCUUCCACCUUCCUCUUACACUCUCCUCAAACCAAUUGCCCGAGGGGCUGAGAGUGUUGUAUAUGAAGCAAUUUUGGAUGGAAAGAAAGUUGCUGUGAAGAAACCCAUCUUGUCUACUUCUGAAGAUCUUGAUAAGUUCCACAAGGAGCUGCAAUUGCUAUGUAAGUUUGAUCAUCCGGGAAUAGCAAAACUGGUUGCCGCACAUGCAAAGCCACCCAAUUACAUGUAUUUCUUCGAAUUCUUUGAGCCUCCGAACUUAUCUGAGAAAUUACACAUGGAAGAAUGGAGUCCGAAUAUCAAUCAGGUGCUUGUGGUUGCUGUCCAAUUAGCAAAGGCUUUGCAAUAUCUGCAUCACCUCGGGAUUGUACAUAGGGAUGUGAAACCGGCAAAUAUUCUUCUGGACAAAUAUCUUUAUCCACACUUAGCAGACUUUGGUUUGGCUGAGUACAAGAAAGAUCUUAAAGGAGUUUCUAUUGGGAAUUGGAGGUCAUCUGGAAAACCUACUGGUGGUUUCCACAAAAAAAACAUGGUUGGCACUCUCAUUUACAUGGCACCUGAAAUACUAAACAAGGAAAUACAUACAGAAAAAUCAGAUGUCUACAGCUUUGGUAUAUCAAUUAAGAUGUACCAAAUGCAGGUGGAGCAGCUGCCGAAUUUUCAGCUCGAGCGUUCCAGGAUUCCAGGAUUCUUGCAAGCUUUAAGGUCAACUAGCAGUCCAAGUGGUGCAUUAUUUGAAGCAUUCAUUAAGACAGAUAUUGCAUUUAGAGCUGAGCUGGAUUUUUCUCGUAAAUCCAAAAGAGUUAUCCCGAAGGACUGGCAUCCCGGUUGCACUGCAGCAGCUGCUCUUAUUGUUGGAAACAAGCGUUUUGUGGCUAAUGCUGGUGAUUGCAGGACCAUAUUGUGUCGGGCUGGCCAUCCCUUUGUUCUAAGCAAGGAUCAUGUUGCAAGCUGUCUUGAGGAGAGGGAGCGGGUUAUUAGUGCUGGGGAACAAGUUAGAUGGCAAGUAGAUAAUUGGCGGGUGGGUCUUGCUGCUCUUCAGGUCACUCGUUCCAUAGGGGAUGAUGAUCUAAAGCCUGCUGUAACAGCAGAACCUGAGAUAACUGAAACUAUUCUUUCGGCAGAGGAUGAGUAUUUGGUAAUGGCAAGUGAUGGAUUGUGGGAUGUUGUGAGCAGUGCAGAGGUUGUGAGCAUAAUCAAGGACACUGUGAAAGAGCCUGGAAUGUGCUCCAAGAGAUUGGCGACAGAAGCAGCAGAGCGUGGCAGCAAAGACAACAUCACAGUCAUUGUUGUCUUCCUUCGUCCCGUCUCCACAGCUGAGAGAAUUUACUAGGUUGGUUGAUAGUUUCCUGCUUCUAAAUGCAAAAAGUCUGGUUAAAGAAUCAAAUGUCGGAAGAUAUGAUGAACCUGGAUAAUAAAAAUGGUAGUUGUAAGAUACUGACAAUGUAUAUGAAAUUUGCAUCCAAAUUAGUGAUGCUUCUUGCAUGUAAUAGUUUCAUAACAUUCCUUUGUACCAUGUAUUUAUUUCCGCCAAUUCAGACAUUCUGAAUGCGGUCCUUCUCCUUUUGCCCUUGGGGCUGAAAAGAAUAAGUGAGGGGAAGUCUGGAAACCAUUGUAGAUGAUAUCUGGUUAAAGGCCCUUGUCUUGCCUUAAGUAUAACUCCAGUUAAGGAAUAAGUUGUUGAAUAUCAUCAUUUCAAUGUUAAAUAUGUUGAACUGCAAUUUGGAA